UUUCACAAUCGCUCAGAGAGUGAAACUGUGCAGCAUUUCUUUCUGGGCUGAGCCAAGCAUUCCUGCCUUGUGUGCCCUGGACCAACCAUGGCUGACAAGAAGUUGGGGCAAGUGCGCACGCUGUUUGUGAACGGGGUCAACAAAGCUAUCAUCAACCAGCUCGUGGACGAACUGCUCUGCAAAGGAGUCCUGAAUGAGGAGGAGGGGGACGAGGUGAAGGAGAAUCCGAAGAAGCAGGACCAAGCAAGGACCCUGAUCGACCACGUGAAGAGAAAGGGCCCCAAAGCCAGCCUGCUCUUCAUUGAGCUCCUCCAGUGCCAAGACAGCUGCUUAGCUGAAAUGAUGGAUCUUGCUACCUUCCGCUCAGCUCCAGGAGGCCCAGUUUGCCAGCAAGUCCGAGACCCCUGUCGAAGCGCCCAGCCGCCAGAGUCCAAAAAUGGGAUCACGCUUUGCCCUCCGGACCUGUUUCAGAAGAUACAAGCCGAGGAAGCUAGUGAGAUCUACCGGAUCGAGGACCCGCAGACGCGCACCCGCUUGGCCUUGAUCAUCUGCAACAUCGCGUUUGAGCACUGCCCCAGGAGGAACGGGGCCCAGGUGGAUCUGGCCCAGAUGACGCUUCUCCUGGAAGGGCUGGGCUACAAGGUGGAGGUGGAGACCAACCUGUGCUCACAGGGCAUGACUGAUCGUCUGAAGUGCUUCGCAGCUCGGGAGGAGCACAAGACCUCGGACGGCACCUUCCUGGUGCUCAUGUCUCACGGCCUUCGGGAUGGCCUGUGCGGCGUCAAGAGCCAGGGCCAGCACUCGGACAUCCUGUCCAUCGACACCAUCGUCUCCACCUUCAACAACAAGAACUGCCAGGCCCUCAUGGGGAAGCCCAAGGUGAUCGUCAUCCAAGCCUGUCGAGGAGGUAAUGAUGGGUUUACAUACGUGAGCGACUCCACAACACCUACUGCUCUCUCCCCCAACACUGAGGUAUGGUCCCCCGAAGGGUAUGAGAAGGAUGCCAUUCAGAAAGUGCAUGUGGAAAGUGACUUCAUCUGCCUGUAUUCCACAACUCCAGAUCACGUGUCCUGGAGAAGCCCCCAAACCGGAUCCAUCUUCAUUGUCCAGCUGAUAGAACAUAUCAAGAAACAUGCCUGGAACUGCAACUUGGAAGAGAUCUUCCGGAAGGUCAUGUACUCUUUUGAAAAUAACCCGCGCCAGAUGCCCACGAAGGACAGGACCACCUUGAGUAGGAAGUUCUACCUCUUCCCGGGCCACUGAAGCCAGCGGCCGCACACUGGGUGGACAUUUUCAUCGAGCUUUUCCACCACAACCCCAAGAUCUCUUUCUUGCGCUGUCUGUUUCUUGUUUGUAAAGUAUCAUGCACUAUUAUUAUUAUUAUUAUUAGUAGUAGUAGUAGUAGUAUUAAUAUGUUUGGAGAGAUGUGGACAGGAGGUAGUCAUCAUAAGACUCUCCAGUAACUACAAUAGAUGUGCGUUUAGAUAUUUUAUGGAGGCUUCUGUCUAGCAGGCAGCAAUUCCAUAGGAUUUCCACCGUUAGUUAUUUAAGCCAGCAGGAGAGGGGGAAUGAAACCCUGGAGCAAGCUGGGAGAUGCUGGCCUGGGAGUUGUAGUCCAACUCAGCUGGAGGGCAGCAGGUUCGGUAAGGAUGGUGUGGAUUUGAUUGUGAUCACAAGGAGGAGACGUCAAAUACAGCAAUGUAGAUAAAGCAUUUGGUACAGAAAGAAAAGAGUUGUGUAAUAACAUAAGUGUCUGAUCCAAGAUUUUUGUCCAGUUCUUAGUAUGUUUUAAAUUUCUCCCCUCGAAAAAUAUAUUUUAUCCUGAAAUGCACUGGGAAUAAAGGCUGAUUUAUGCAGCUGU